AUGGAUUCAGCUCGCCAAGAGGCCGGAGAAGGUGCCGGCUCACAAGGCAUCGCGAGAGAGACGGAGAAUGGCGCCCCCCGAUAUGCCAUACCGCCAAGAGAACUCACUGCUGUUGAGAUCCCCGCGGUGGUUGAAAACAUCGACCGAGCCGUCAGGGCAUUUGGGAGGGUCCCUUCACUUAGGCAUGUUCUAGAUCCUCUGAGAAACUCGGUGCCAUUGUAUAUAAAUCCAGAUGAGCCCUUUUGCCCGCCAAUCAUGUCACAUAAUGCCAGGUCUCACAACAUCGUACUCAAAGUCACAGUCCCCAAACGGACUGGAAGGAAGCGCAAGCGUGGAACCAAUGAGCCCUGGCAGGGAGAUGUGGAAUUUCAAGGCAUCGACCCAUCAGCCCCAGCAUCGGAGAAUGUUCUUUCCAUAGGGCGUCACGAUGAUCCAAGAGUUCUAAGGCGCAAAUUGGAGGACAAUGUCGACAAAUAUCACGUCGAGGCUGCGGGCUUGAUCAAGCAUACCCAUCGCUUCAGGGGUCUGGCUGACUUUUACUGGGACAUGGACAAAUCAUCCUUUGCGCAGAGAUUUGUCGAUCAAGUGCUCCCCGGAGAUGUUGAAAAGAUAAAAGAGUUCAAAUUCACGCCUGGUAUUGACCAAGGCUCGAAUAUAGACAUUAUCCCGCCUCCCAUCUUUACGCACAUGAGUUUGCCAUUCAACUACUUCUACUCACAAAAUCCGUAUGUUCGUUUGACAGAGGACGGCGGUACCGUUAAUACAACAGCGGUCAAGCAAGUUGGCCAUUUCAUAGGAACAGAAGAUGCUGCUCCUGCUGGCCCGCAAAUCCCUCCAGACAUGACGGAUCCACGGAUGGUGGAGGUUAUUGCCCAGCUUGAAGAAGCAUUUGCACAUCGCCCCGUGUGGACUCGUCGAUCUCUAUUGAAUCACCUUGCUGGCAAGCUUCGAAACUGGAACGAGCUCAAAAAGUAUCUAAAUUAUGCGGCUUAUCAGUUCAAGGGUGGCCCGUGGAGAGACGGAGUUGUUCCCUAUGGAAUUGACCCCAGAACUGAUCCUAAAUAUCGAAUUUAUCAAACCCUCAUGUUCAAGCUUCCAAAGCAGAAGCGUGCUCGGAAAGACCAAACCUGGCAGUCUCUACGCAGAGCUCAGAUGGGCCGAACAAAGGAGUUUGUAGAGGAGUUAUCGGCCAGCCACACGUUCGACGGAGAGACGUACCACACCGAUGGCAAGGUGUGGCAGGUAUGCGACAUUACGGACCCCUUGCUCCGCGAGCUUUUGGACAAUGCAGAGGUGCGUCCUACGUGGGAUGUCAGCAGCGGCUGGUAUCACGGAGGCUUGUGGGCAAAGGUCAAGGCCAUCAUGAAGACAAAACUAGUGGCGAUCCAGUUUGGCCGACAGCUCACCAAGGAGGACUUUGCACCAACGCUGCAGUGUGGGGAUCAAACUCCAGUUCGGUCUACUUCGGCCACCUUUCACCUUCCAUUGCCUAAUUUGCAUCUAACAAACGAAGAGCUCACGCAGCUUCGAGGUCGAGAACCGUCCAAGAAGAAGAGUCAGGUGUAUAAUGUCAGGGUUCGUCCCCGUGCCAGGAGACUAGAUGUCGAUACGGAGGAACAGUCUGUUGUUACCUCCCACGAUGCGGAUGCAGAGGCAGAUGUCGAUGUCGAUGCAGAGGCCGAAGCUGCUAGUAUCCUUGGCAGAAUGGAUUCCCAUAGUGAGGAUUCCGAAGCUGGUAGCGAUGGCGAUGAGGAUGACGACGAGAACGAGAACGGCUCAGAAGAGGAAGAUGGGAUGGACCACACUGCCUUUGAGAGGGAUGGAGACGAUGAAGAUGGCUAUGGCGAGAUGGAAGAUGCAGACAACAUGGAUUCAAGUAUUGAUCCUUUCUCCAACGAACCUUUGUUCUGUAACCAUUGCGAUAAAGCAUUCGAUCAAUGGGAAGAUUUAUUGAGGCACAAGCAGCAGAGACGAAAUGAUGACAUGGAAGAUCAUAUCCACUGCAAGAUCUGUGCGCGUGAUUUCAAGACACUUGCGGGGGAAAUGCGACACAUGCAAGUGGAACAUCCUCUUGAACAAAACCUCGAGUGUCCCGGCUGUGGUAGUGGCCCAUUUACACGCUUGAGUAAUUUGAUCAACCACAUCGAGCGAGGCUUUUGUCCUCGUCUCGACACUACCCUUCUUGAUCAACUCCGAGAGGAGAAGUUGGAAUUCCCCAGACGUUUGGAGCAACUGACUCAGGAGAGAGUCAAAGGAAACUACAUGAAUUAUAUGCCAUCAGCUUCCGCAAAUAGCACAGUCUCACCAUGGCACGUUGACAAGGAGCCCACAUCUUUUGGGAUGGUCAAAGAAGAAUUUCCAGCUCUGGCAAUUACAGACGAUAGUCGCAUCCAGCCCACGAAAGCCGCUGCAUCCAGCAGGUUGAAUCUUGGCAGCUAUAAAGCUCAUGAUAUAAAGGGCAAACAGCCAUUUUCGUUUCAGCUUCCUUUUCGCCCAGCCAUUUCCACUCGACCAGCUUUUAAAUCGGGUGUGACUACUGUCGUCGCAGGUAUGGAUCCCGAUGAUCCGAAUAACCCGUCUUUCAAUGCGGCCAGCUGCUACUGCUCCAUCACAGAGAGAUUCAACUGCCCAAAACGGCUAUGCGGCAAAACGUUCAAGACGGCAGGCGGCCUUGUUGGCCACCUCAAAUCACCCGUUCAUGGAAAUAGGAAGUAUAGGUGCCCAAGCUGCCUCAGGAUAUUCAAGACUUUGACAGGCAUCACUUCUCACGCAGAGGCCAAGGGCUCCAAGUGCCAUAUUCAGGACACGGCUCAUUAUGAGACGUUUAUGGACCAACUGACGGCGGGGAUUGUCGAUAUAGAGAGAACUCGGCACCAGGGCGGAAGCAUCAUUUACACGACUUCGGAACAAAUGAAGCAGAAGCUCCGUGGUGAAACUAUCAAGGAGAAGAUCAAGUAUCCGAUGGAUGCUGAGGAUGGAAAGGAUACCUACUGGUAG